CUUAUAGACUUGUGUAUUUACUGCAGUUGUUCUGUGACGCUAAAAGUUUUAAUAUUUUGUACAAAUAUGACUGCUGUGCCACCGCCCGCGAAUGUCGCCACUCUCCUGCCCUUGGAACUUGUGGACAAAUGCAUAGGCUCUCGCAUUCACAUUAUAAUGAAGAAUGAUAAGGAAAUGGUGGGCACCUUGCUGGGUUUCGAUGACUUUGUCAACAUGCUCCUGGACGAUGUGACCGAAUAUGAGAAUACGCCGGACGGACGCCGCAUUACCAAGCUGGACCAAAUACUGCUCAAUGGCAAUAACAUCACAAUGUUGGUGCCCGGUGGCGAACUGGCGGAAUAACAGUUUUCCAUUAAGAUCAACAUUACGUACAAACAUAAUUAAUAAAUGUAAUUACAACAAAAUGUUA